AUGGGGUUUCUGCGAAAGAACGUUACGCUAAGCGGCGUGCACAACACGGUAACGAGGAUGAAAGAAAUGAGAAGAGGGGGUUUCACGACAUAA